AUGCUUCACAUUCGCUGCUCUCAUGCUGGUUGCCCACAGCGCUUCAAAUGCCAAUGGGGUCUCACCUACCACCUCCGCACUGUACACCGAAACUCUAAUUGGGUUAAUUCUGAUGUCCCUUCUGUGGGCGAAGAUUUUCAUGAUUUGGAUGGCCUUGGACACAUCUCACCAGGUGCUGAGAGUGCACAACCUUCCUGGUCCCAACCUCCCUCACCUGAGCCGCAACAAGCCCCUCCACCGAGGCCAUCACAAAUUUUUCAUCCACACCUCACUGGCAAUCCACUUCCUCCUGGUACCCUACCUCUUCCCAGGACAGCUGCACAGCCGACAGAUUGGUCGCCGUUCGAGAGCGAAAUUCAGUGUCGGACCGCAGAUUUCUUGUACCGCUGCGUUGAGAUGUCGGCAGGAAACAUUGACGAACUUCUAGAGUUAUGGGCUUUAGAUAAGAUGAAAUCUGAUCAAUUGGGUCCCUUCACCUCAUACGAGCAUAUGUACUCCAGCAUCGAUGCAAUCCAGCUUGGUGAUGCACCCUGGAAAUGUUUUACUGUGAGCUAUACCGGGGAUGUACAGCCGAGUGAUCCCUCUUGGAAGUCAGCAGAAUACGAGGUCUGGUUUCGGGAUCCUGAGGUCAUCAUGACCCAGAUGCUCGACAAGCCGGAGUUCGAUGGCCACUUUGAUUACGCACCUUAUAUUGGUCUUGACAAAUCUGGCAAGCAGCGUUGGAGUGACUUCAUGUCAGGCAAUUAUGCUUGGCGUCAUAGCGAGUGGUACCUACCACUUUUAUGA